AUGUUUGAAACAAGUGGGCGGUUCAAUGAACUCAUCCAGUCUUUACCAAACGUGAUGCCGGAACAAGAUGGACCUAUCAAUCUGUGCGUUCGAGAUGCGAAUACAUUUGAACGGUCCAAAUCAUCCGGAGAUACGUCCGGUGGUUCCGGUUGUCGUGGUCCGUCAGGUAUGGAAUGGCUUGGUCAGUUUGUGGACAUGAAGUGUACCGGGAUGUCAACAAAUGAUUGGACAGAAGGUUUACGCAAUGCUCUGAGUCAAUCCGAUUCCGGAUUGGUCGAAACAGACACGGAAAGUGCUUCCCGUAUUUCUCCGUCACCGACUUCGCACCGUGUCGUGCCUGUUUCGGCCAGUGCUAGCACGUUGUACACAUCCACACCGCUUCGUCGAUACCCAGACGCAUUGACAUCAAGGAGUCAAGUCAAAUCAGAACCGACGGGAGAAAGGUCGGUCAAACAACGCGCUUCUUCUAUGAUUCGAUCGAAUGUUACGAUGAGAAUGUCCGGACGUCAGGCACAAUUGAAUGCGCAUUGUACACGGCGUAGACGGGUUGGAUGGCGUGGUGUAGCAAUGUGUGCCGCAUGUGGCAUGGUUUGUUCUGGCAUGGAUCAGUUGAAUCUGCAUUUUGCCUUGGCUCAUUCCCAUCUGUUAGCUUUGGAGUGGAGAAUGGCCCAGUACAACAGCACUAAAACAUCUAAACUAUUAUUCCAAGCCCAACUGGAUCGUUUAUUGUCCGAAAAAACUUCCGACAACGCAUCUUCCUCUUGUCCUGCAAGCCCACUGCAAACUGAUGUGCAUUCCGAAAUUCCAAACACAACUACUUCGGGGACAACCUAUCCGCUAACUGGAAUGGAUUUUGAACCGGAUCAUGAAAUUAAACCGUCAUCCAGUUCAGACUCCAAGAGUACCAGUUCCCAAGGUAGUCCCAGUCCAUCCCAUCUGAGCCAUGCGAACGACGAAACAAAUCAACCGCCCGAUUUGUACGCAUCCGGGUCGAUCGAAACCCAACGAACACCACUGUCUGAGGUUGAACUGUGUCCCCUUGGUCCCAAGCCAACCGCAUCCCCUGAUCUGCUGAACGAGGACGACAGACGUGGGAAUAGUCGAUCGAAAGGUUACCCUUGUCCCCGAUGUAGCUACACGGCCAAAUGGCCCACAGAAUUGCAAAAGCAUGUUAUGGUCCACGCGAAUUCUCGGCCGUUUGUCUGUUGUGUCUGUUCGACCAGCUACAAGUGGAGUUGGGAUCUGGGACGUCAUUUUAGUAAUGCUCAUCCGGGUCUAUUGAAUCCGUACAAACGAUUGCGGGUCACCAGACAUGGAUCGAAUGCGGUUCGGAAUAACACAACCGAUACCAUACCUAUUGCAUCCACACACGUAUAG